GGACAUCGGAGUACUAAAAACCACAAUUCUCUUGCUGACUUUUUUUUUGUCACAGUCGCUCCUUUCAUCUUACUUUCAAUUAUGCUAAUUUAGCUCCGGUGAAUUAAACCAAGACCAGUACUGAGUCGAGAAAUCUUAUCUCAACCGUUGUUGAAUUUCCAAUCCAUUGACGUAUCCCCCGAUUGACGGUUGCUACCUCACGUCAAGCCCCUCGUCUCGAACAUGGCGAACCGCCAUAUUACUAGGCGAAUACUGCUUGGCGCCGCAGUCUCGAUCUUCCUCCUCUUUGUGUUCUUCAUCCGACCUCAAGGCCCACCAAGCCCCGCGAUCCGAGCCCCCGGUCACCUAGAGAAAGCGUCUCAUUCAACAUUGACAAAGGAUGAUAUGGUCAAAGGCGAGGUGGUGAUGCCGAAGCUGGGCAAUGAGACGGCUAAGGCGGAAUUAGGGCGCGCUACGUGGAAGUAUUUCCAUACCAUGCUGGCACGGUAUCCAGAAGAUCCGACAGAGGAGCAACAAGAAACUUUGCGCUCCUUCAUUUAUUUAUUUGCACGAUUAUAUCCUUGUGGCGAAUGCGCCUCACAUUUCCAAGGUCACUUGAAGAAGUAUCCUCCACAAGUAUCCUCACGCAACGCUGCUUCAGGAUGGGGCUGCUUUAUUCACAAUGAGGUCAAUACUAUGCUCAAAAAGCCUAUUUUUGACUGCAAUAAGAUCGGCGACUUUUACGACUGCGGCUGCGCCAAGGACGAAGAAGUCGAAGACGAGAACGAUGAGCUCAAGAGUAGAGAUCAAGUUGACUCCAAAGAAAGUGAUGACAUUGCUACUAGUCAGCGCUUUGAGAUAUCCAAGGAACCGUGGGUUUCCCCCCCCCUUGCUUCGCCCCACAUCUCGCUACUAAGUUAGAGACUCACAACAUAUUCAGAACUACGCGGGGUUGAAUUCUAUCGCAUAUCUGUUCAGCUUUUGGUCUCGAAAUUAUUUCGCAGACACUCUGUUGUAAUUGACUUGGAUAAUGUCUUGCCCACGCGGGU